AUGGCGGCUGAUACAUCUACCAGUGUACAAGAAACGUAUGAGAAACUAUGGGUAUCCGAGUUUUUCCAUGAUUUUCCUCAUGUUGAUUUCACUUUCAAAAUUGUAAAUUCAACUUUCGACCCUAACAGUGAUGUAUACAGACAGUCAUUGUUGUUCUGGGCGUUGGUUCCGGUAGCGAUCUGCUUUUUACUGUGGCUGGUGUUUUUGAUCUACUUCAUAUUCCGAUGCUGUCAGGGGAACAGGAAGUCGAAAGGACGGCCUUCGGUGUGCCAGGGACUUGCUGACCGGACUUCUUAUUUUCAUUGGCUUGUAAGUAUAGUCUUGGGUCUAGUUGGAUUUGGGUUUUACGAGAAUGAAAAUGCACAUCAUGGAAUUGAGGAUGUUAAAGAUUCCAGAGAUGAUGUGAAUGAUGUCUUGCAGUCUGCAUCAAACAGGAUUGACACUCUCAAAAUCCUCGCAGAUGAUGUUUUAUCAGUGCUGUCUGGUUCCCUGGAAACGGCAGCAAAUAACAUCACCAAUGCUUCAGUCCGAGCCUUGGCUGUUAGGUUGAUCAGUGACAUUCGGCAGAAAACUUACGAUGCUAGAGGUUACCUAGACAAGGUCAGGGUAGAAGAGGCUCGUGAUAGCAGCCUCGAUACCAUCUUUGACUAUGAAUACUUCAGAUGGAUGAUUACUAUUGUGAUAUUCUGCUUGUACAUAUUUAUACUUCUGCUCUCACUGGUCGGGCUGUUGCUGAGGUCAAAGGGCACACUAAUAACGUCUGCAGCUGUUGCAGUUGUCUGCAGUCUGUUCAUCUGGCUAGCUACUGGUGUAUAUACUGGUUUAUCUGUGGCUGCAGGGGACUUGUGCAUGGAUCCGGAUACCUACUUCAUCCGUAUUGCUCAUGGUUCCACUGCCGAAGUGGCUGUGACUGCAUACAUCAGAUGCACCGACCCAAAUCAGCCCUAUAAACAGAUAAUAGACAAUGCCACAGCAGCUGUAACACAGGCUGGAGUCUCCCUUAAUGAAACUGUCAGAUUGGCACGCCCCUACAAUAUUUCUGGGCUGGACAAGCCUGUGGCAGAUGUGAACUCAGACCUACUGUAUGCCAGGGGGAACCUCUCUGACUUAAUGGCCACUGUGGGCACUUGCGAGACAUUGCAUCACUAUUACAUCAGUGGGGUGGAGAGUGCCUGCACCGAUACUAUCUCUGCCACAGCUCUCCUUGCUGUGGUGUGCUGUUUGGUGGCAACCCUGUGCACUGUCAUCAUCUUCUGCAUCUCCUGUCUGUGGAGGCAGUAUGCUAAAAAGAGGCUGCAGUCUGAAUACAUCAAUGUAGAUGAUAAAGAUCCAUUUCUGCCACGGCCACCUCCUUACGAAACUGACUAUGGGACAAUGGGGCAGUCAGGUCCUCAGCCGUGGACAGGGAGAGUCUCGUUACAACACCCCAACGGCAGCAGCAGCAGUGAUGACCAGGUGAUGACACUCAUAUAUCAGCAUCCAUAUCCAGCGGAUGACUCGCCCCCGCCUGCAUACCACCCUGGCAAGUUUGUACAGAGAUAUGCCGAGUCAGGGCCAACACCGUCGUCUGCCCGAGCCUACUCCAUGAAAUAG